AUGAACCGAACCAAACCGAACCGAACGGAGCCCCCCCCGGUGGGCACGGGGAGGGCCGGGGCUGGCUCGGGGGUUGCUCCUCCCUUCCUGCAGGGGGCGCUGUGGUCCCGGCGCGCGUUCCCGCGGUUCCGCCCCCUGGGUGACGUCAUCGGGGCGGUGGGCGUGGCGCGGGAAGCGGAAGGGAAGCGCGGGUACCGGGCGCGGGUAGCGGGUGCGGAGCGCGGUGCUGAGGCUGCCGGCCCCGGCAGGAUGUGCGCAGGCGCGGCGCUGCAGCAGUACCGGCAGCAGUACCGGCAGCAGUGCUGGCAGCAGUACCGGCACUGCCUGGAGCGCGACUUCCGCCGGGGCCGAGCCCUGCCCUGCUCCGACCCGGCCCUCGUGGAGCGGCUGCGGCGGCGGCUGCGCCGGGAGCCGUCGGUGCUCCGGGCCCUGCAGGAGGACGGGCCCGAGCUGCUGUCCCGGGCGCUGCGGGGCUGCCCCGACCCGGGCCGGGCGCUGCCGGGGCUGGCCCGAGCCUUCCGGCUGCUGGAGCUGGCGGCCGUCAACCUCUACCUCUUCCCGUGGCGCAAGGAGUUCGGUACCGUGCAGGUGAGGACCCGCGGGCGCGCCCCCGAGGCUGGAGGGGGGGGGACACACCGGGUUCCAACCGUGUGCGCGCUCUCGUUGCAGACGUUUUCCGGUGCCUACGUGCACUCGCUGCGCUCAGCGCUCCCCGAGGAUGACCUGGAGCGGAGCUUCGGCCGGCUGGGCUAUGAACGGCAGGACCAGCACCGGUUGACGGUGUCCCGGCGCCCCCCGGAGCCCGAGCUGCUCGCUGCUGCCUGCGGCUUCCUGGCCUGCCGCCUGGAGUGUGAGAUCCUGGUGGAGGUGGUGCUGCGGCUGCGCCCGCACCAGCCCAGUGCCGAGGACCUGCUGCGGGCACGGUGGAUGGCUGGGGACAUGGAGGCCUGUGUGGAGAUGCUGCAGCAGAUGGGGAUGCAGCCCAAGGCGGCUGUUGGCUGCAGUGACCACGUGGACCUUUACCAAGCCAUGCCAAGCAGCCCGGAGGAUGUGGAGGGCGAGGACGUGUCCCCCCUGGCACUGGAGAGUGACCCUGGCAGCCCAUUGGGUGCUCUGGACAUGCCCAUGAAGAACUGGGACUGCUGCAGAGACCCCAAGGCUGGGCAGGAGCUGGUGCUGCCUGUUGGCAACCCCGACCCAGACACCUCCUCCUGUCGCCUCUUCCUGCAGCAGGACCUCAGUGGGGCCAGCAGCCUGUUCCCCACUCCGGCUGUGGGGAGCAGACCCCCCCCAGUGCUGGGGGAGCCCCAGGACUCCCCCUGCCCUCCAGCUCCUGAAGAGGCCCCGGAGCUGCCCUGUUACCAGCUGCACUCGUGCCUGCGCCGGGGAGCUCUGCCCUCCUACUGCUGCACCACAUGCCAGCAGCUCCAUGCCGGUGCCUGCGCGGCCGGGCUCGUGUGCCGCAGCCGGCACCAUGGGCAGGAGCUGCGCAGUGAGCGCCAGCAGCGGCUCUGGCUGCAGCGCUCGGAGGUGGACAUGCUGCUGUCCGAGGGCUGCGGACCCCAGGGGUAG